UUUAUGGCCACCAACGACUUGAUGGUGGAACUGCAGAAAGAUUCAAUAAAACUAGAUGAAGACAGCGAGAAAAAAGUUGUGAAGAUGCUUUUGAAGUUGCUGGAGGACAAGAACGGGGAAGUGCAGAACCUGGCUGUGAAGUGCCUGGGCCCGCUGGUGGGCAAAGUGAAGGAGUACCAGGUGGAAACCAUCGUGGACACGCUGUGUGCCAACAUGUUGUCAGACAAGGAGCAGCUGCGGGACAUCUCCAGCAUCGGCCUGAAAACUGUCAUCUCUGAGCUGCCACCAGCUUCCACAGGCUCCACCAUGACAGCGAAUGUGUGCAAAAAGAUCACAGCCCAGCUGACAGGAGCCAUUGGCAAGCAGGAGGAUGUCUCCGUGCAGCUGGAGGCUCUUGACAUCCUGUCAGAUAUGCUGAGCAGACUAGGAGGAACACUCUACUCCUUCCAUUCCUCCAUCCUGAACUGCCUCCUGCCCCAGCUGACAAGCCCCAGGCUGGCAGUACGUAAAAGGGCCAUCAUUGCCCUGGGUCAUCUUGUUUUGACCUGCAGUGGAAACAUCUUCUCAGAGCUCAUAAAGCAUCUGCUUGGCGAGCUGAAGAGGAAUGAGUCUACUUCUACUACCAGGACUUACAUUCAGUGUGUUGCUGGCAUCAGCAGGCAGGCUGGACACCGCCUAGGAGAACAUCUGGAGAAGAUAAUUCCUCUGAUUGUUCAGUACUGUAAUGUGGAAGAUGAUGAGCUGAGAGAGUACUGCUUUCAGGCCUUCGAGUCUUUUGUGAGAAGGUGCCCAAAGGAAAUGGACCCUCACAUCCCUAACGUGAUGGGGUUAUGUUUGAAGUACAUCACCUUUGACCCAAACUACAACUAUGAUAAUGAGGAGGACGAGGAAGAUAUGAUGGAAACUGAAAAUGGGGAGGAUGAAGAGCAAGAAAGCGAGGAGGAGUACAGCGACGAUGACGACAUCAGCUGGAAGGUCCGCAGGUCUGCGGCCAAGUGCCUGGAGGCCAUCGUCAGCACCAGGCACGAUCUGCUUCAGGACUUCUACAACACUCUCUCCCCAGUCUUGAUAAGCAGGUUCAAAGAGAGGGAGGAGAACGUCAAAGCCGACAUCUUCAGCACUUACAUCUCCUUGCUGAAGCAGACGCUGCCCAUGCAGAGCUGGCUGCACGCUCCAGACGCCGCUGGCAAGGACGAUGUGCCCCUGGGAAUGCUGCAGAAGCAGGUCCCCAAGAUCAUCAAGGCCUUGCACAAGCAGCUCAGAGAGAAGAGCAUCAAGUCACGACAGGGUUGUUUCAGCCUCCUGACAGAACUGGCCAAUGUUCUUCCUGGCUGCCUGGCAGAUCACAUCGCCGUGCUGGUCCCUGGCAUUGUUUUCUCCUUGGCUGAUAAAUCCAGCUCCUCCAACAUGAGGAUUGACACGCUGUCUUUCCUCUAUGUUCUUCUCUGCAACCACCAGCCAGAGGUAUUUCAUCCUCAUAUCAAAAGCCUGCUACCUCCUGUUGUGGCCUGCAUUGGAGACCCCUUUUAUAAGAUCACUUCAGAAGCUCUGCUGGUUACUCAGCAACUUGUGAAAGUUAUUAGGCCUUUGGACAAAUCUUGCACUUUUGAUGCCAAGCCCUAUGUGAAGGACCUUUUCCCUGGCACGCUGAAGCGCCUGAAGGCAGCGGACAUCGACCAGGAGGUGAAGGAACGUGCCAUCUCCUGCAUGGGACAAAUUAUUUACCAUCUGGGAGACCAUUUAAGCACCGACCUCCAACCAACCCUGAAGAUAUUUCUGGAGAGGCUCAAAAAUGAAAUCACCAGAUUGACAACAGUCAAAGCAUUAACCUUAAUUGCUAGUUCUCCACUUAAAAUAGAUUUGAGACCCAUUCUAGGGGAAGGUUUCCCCAUUCUAGCUUCCUUCUUGAGAAAGAAUCAACGUGCCUUGAAACUGAGCACUCUGACUGCUCUGGACAUCCUGGUGAAGAACUACAGUGACAGCCUCAAGCCUGCCAUGAUAGAGGCUGUCCUAGCGGAGCUCCCUGCCUUAGUUACUGAGAACGACAUGCACGUUUCCCAGGUGGCUGUUGUGUUCCUCACUACCUUGGCUAAGGUUUACCCAACCUGCAUCUCCAAGAUGAGCGGUUCCAUCCUUGGUGAGGUCUUUCAGCUCGUCCACUCGCCUUUGCUCCAGGGAGGGGCGCUGAACGCCAUCGUGGACUUCCUCCAGGCUCUGGUUCUGACGAAGACGGCCCCCGUGGGCUACGCGGAGCUGAUGAAGAGGCUGACAGUGCCCGUUUACUGCUCGGGCCCAGCCGGGGCGGCGGGGCCGCUCCACAGGCAGGCGCAUCACUCUGUGGCGAGGUGCGUGGCUGCCCUGUGCUCGGCCUGCCCGAGGGAAGCCCCUGCCACAGUGAACCAGUGCAUCCAGGAUGUCAAAAGCCCCAAGUCCAGCGCUGCUGUGAAGGUGCUGGCUUUCCUUUCCCUGGCAGAGGUGGGCCGCACCACGAACCUCGGUGCUCAGAGCGAGCUCAAAACCGUCAUCUUGGAGGCGUUCGCCUCCCCCAGCGAGGAGGUGAAAUCCGCCGCGUCCUACGCGCUGGGCAGCGUCAGCGUGGGGAGUCUGAAGGAGUAUCUGCCCUUCAUGCUGAAGGAGAUCGGAAGCCAGCCCAAGAGGCAGUACCUCCUGCUGCACUCGCUGAAGGAAGUCAUCAGCUCCUCCCCGUCCGACGGCCUCAAACCCUACGUGGAGGAUAUCUGGGCGCUGCUGUUCAAGCACUGCGAGUGCACGGAGGAAGGGACGCGCAACGUGGUGGCUGAAUGCCUGGGGAAGCUGACACUGGUGAACCCUUCAGAGCUGCUGCCCCGGCUGAAGAAACAGCUCUCGUCAGGCUCCCCGCACGCCCGGAGCACGGUGGUGACCGCGGUGAAGUUCACGAUCGCGGACCAGCCGCAGCCCGUCGAUGGGCUCCUGAGGGGCUGCAUAGGUGACUUCUUGAAAACCCUUCAGGACCCCGACCUGAACGUCAGACGUGUGGCUUUGGCCCUGUUCAACUCUGCUGCUCACAACAAGCCGUCCUUGAUCCGAGAGCUCCUGGGCUCGGCGCUCCCCAGCCUGUACGCCGAAACGCGGGUGCGGCGGGAGCUCAUCCGGGAGGUAGAAAUGGGGCCGUUCAAGCACACAGUGGAUGAUGGCCUGGACGUGAGGAAAGCUGCGUUCGAGUGCAUGUACACGCUGCUGGAGAGCUGCCUUGACCGACUGGAUAUCUACGAGUACCUGAACCACGUGGAGGAUGGACUGAAGGAUCACUACGACAUUCAG